GUAAGCCUAAAGUCGUGCUAAAACCAUGUCUGAACUGACAAAAGUCCAGAAAAAUUUACUAACGAUUGGCUCUUCUUUAGGAAUUUUUGAAGGAGCAGUAUGGUUUCUAAUGUCUUUGGUAUGUAUAGUCGAGUAUUUAAUAAGUGAUCCCCCUAGUGAGGCAGUGACAACUUAUGCAAAUUAUUACAAUUAUUUUUUCUACAACCGCUUCCUUAAUCGAAAAAUAAUGACGGAAAAUGUGGUCAUAAACCCUGACACUUUUCACGCAUUUAUGUGGAUUUAUUUGAUUUUGAAUGCCACUUGGAUUGGUCUCUCAGUUUAUCAGUUACGUCGUAUGACACUAAACAACGAUUCCAGAUUUUUAAAUGUGUUAAAAUACUGGGAAGUGGACACGAUUCUAAUUUCUUUUCUUGAUCUGUUAUUUGUAAUACUUCUUGGAGUUGAUUAUGACAAAACGUGCUUUUCUGGACCAACAAAUCUCGAGAUUUCUAAAAGAAUUCUUUUAGAAGCAGGUUGCACUAAUGCUACUAUAACAGUGCUGGUUGUGGCCGCCAAAGGAUUCAUUUUGUGGAUUAUCAAUGUUAUUUUUAUUUAUAUUUUCUAUGGAAUCAUCAGAAAAGCGAAAGUUGAAAUGAAACGAAAUCGUGAGUUUUUAAAAGUUCCACAAAUCCCUCGACCAACUUUGAGCAGAUCUCCAGACAAAAUGAAUAAUAAUCUCGACAAAAACUACUGGAACACAAAUUCACCAAAUUUCAAUUAUAAUAAAAAACCCAAUCAACAGCGUUUCUCGACUGUCUAUUAAAAAAUAUUUUAUUUAUAACUGUUACAUCUAUUUUACUAUCUGUGUUAUCAAU